CAUAUCGUCGCAUAAAAAAUUUCAAUUUUAUAAACUUUAUAUUUUCAUCUCUGACUCAGUUGCAAUUUAAAUUACGAUUAAGUCACAUUAAGCUUCAAAGAAUCUCUGAUGAAGUUAUAAAAUUGUCGAGUGUUGAGCAUGGAAUAUGAAGAUAUGCAUCAAGUUUUAAAGAAAUUGAAAAGUGAAAGGAGUCAGAAUGAAAUUGAACCAUCGGAUUGGACAAGUCUGCCAGAAAAUGUGUUGAUUAAAAUAUUUGGAUUGUUAUCAGCACGCGAGAUAUUAAAUUGUUCAGAAUGCUGCAGACGAUGGCAUUUUGUGUCACGAGACACACUGCUGUGGAGGUCAAAGUUCCGAGAAGAUUUCAAAGUCGACAAGGGAAUCAAAUUGAAGCCAAACACCGAUAACUGGUACAACGAGUAUAGACGUCUAGUCGACAAUGUGCCUUUAAUUCUCACAGAAGUUCUUACUGAACAUUCACAUCAAGUUUUACACGUGAGCUUCAGCAACAAUGGAAAAUUAUUUAGUACGUGCUCGAAAGAUGGCUUUGUAAUUGUUUGGACUUCAGAUUUCCCAUCAGAAUUGAAGUACAAGUAUGACAUGAAGACAUUAAGUUGGAAAUAUACGCAAUUUUCACAAUGGAAUAGAAAUGAUACUUUAUUGUUGGUCUCGGGCGUCCAUUUUGGAAGUUUUAAUUCAACAUCUGGAGAAAUUGCAGUGUUUAGUUUGAAUGAUGGGUUCCAUUUGAAGGCUCGUGUGCAGUCUAAGCCUUAUGACAUAUUUGGUUGUUGGCUGUCCACACAACAUAUCCUCUCAGGUGAUCUUAAGUGGCUUGCUCAUCUAGUCUCGAAAUCAACAAUUUGGAUAAGCAAAGCAAAUCAAGAAAUUGACAAUGAAAAUGUGCCAGUAAUGAAAGAAUUUUUAAACUUUUAUAAUCGAAAUGCAUCUUCAAUAAGGAAUUUAAUGAUUGCCAGAUGCCCAUGGCUUGAAGAUGAAACUCCAAAGCCACAAGACCAAUCAACCAGUGAGCAAUCAACAUCUCAAUCAAACAAUCAAACUGUUUACCAACCAGGAAACCCAAUGUCGAAUCUCACAACACGCCCGCCAGUAGCUACUGGUUCCUCGUCAAUUCAAGUGCCAGAUUCUUCAAAUAAUGAAGAUAAUUUUGGAUAUGAUAGGCCAUUUAAUUACUCUGAUGAGUUCAGAAAGGAACUAGAAGAGAAUUUCAGUGAGUCUUCAUCAGAGCUUGGUGACUAUAUUGAUGUUGAUUUAACAAUGGAUGACGAAGAUGUUGAUGAUGACUUGUAUGAGCCAAAGUACUUAAUAUUUUCAACAGGUUCAAAAACAUACACGCCACAUCAAAUUGGAUUCAAAAGAGUACUUAAAACGAGCUUCCCUAAAAAACUCGAUCCAGGUCCACCGAUAAAAGAACGAGUUGCAUUGCAAAAGCGACGAAGAGAACUUCAGCAGAUAAUUGAGCAACUCAGUCCUGAGGAAGCUCGCCUUCAGUUUCAACACUUCCCAGAAAUGAGACAAGAUCCAGACUGGUCAAAUUAUGAUUCUGUAUCUAGUCGAUUUGAUGGUGUUGAUGCCUUAAUUGACCUUGAAGGUCACAUCAUUGGAAUGGGAUUGAGUCCUGAUCAUCGAUUUUUAUACGUUAAUUCACGUCCAUGGCCACAAAAUUGUGUCAUCUCAAAUCCAUUGGAACCGCCACCAAUAUCACAGGAAAUUGAUAUUCAUGUGAUUGAUUUGCAGACACUGAAGAAGGUUGGAACAAUGCUCAGGGCUCAUAAAGCCUACACACCUAAUACAGAAUGCUUUUUCAUUUUUCUGGACGUUUGUGAUGAUUUUGUUGGAUCUGGUGCUGAAGAUCGUCACGCGUACUUGUGGGAUCGAUACUAUGGAAUGUGCCUUGCUUCAUUCCCACAUAAUGACGUCGUCAACUCUGUCGCGUUUAAUCCGAAAGACAACGAAAUGUUUAUCUCAACAUCAGAUGAUUAUGAAAUAAAAAUUUGGAGAAGUCAAGCGUCAAUUAGGGAGCUUGGAAUAGCUGAAAUGUCUAGAGCUAAUGAAAUUCGAUUAAAAAACAUUAAAAAGAAAAGUGAAGAAGUGAAGCGUCCUACUUAUACAGCUAAUGAUGGCAAAAGCAUUAAUUAAACUUAAAAAAAACUAUUGUACUUAUUUUUUUCAUGUUUUUCUUUUUUUUUACCCUGAAUUUGAGUUUUGGUUUUUAUUGGAAAUUUUUUGAGAGCAAUAACC